CCCUCCCCCCCCCCGCCGCCCCUGCCGAGCCCUUCCCUCCUGCGCCAAACGCUCCGAUGUCCUCUCCCCAGUCCAACGCACCGCCCGAUGGCGGCCCGCCAACUUACGAUCCGCUCUACUUCGACUCGGAUGAGGACAUGGACAGUGAGGCGGAGUCCAUUGAAGAUGGGGUAGGACACAAAAAGCGCGCCCCGCGCCAGCGCCCGGUCAUCUCCGAUGCCGACCUUUUGUACGAUCCGCAGCAUGACAUCGACGAUGAGAUCUGGGUCCAGCACCGGUACAUGCACCAUCACCACCCGGUGGCCGAGUCGAUUCGGGCAAUGCGCGACACCUCCGGGACACCCCCGGCCAGGGGUUCUGCUGGCGACGAGGGCAGCGGUAGGAGCGACUUCGUCGAGAGCGAUGACGAGGAUCUCCGCCUGCAGCGGCGACGCCCCCAAACUGAUGCGGUACUUUCCUGCCCAGGGUGCUUCACCACGCUCACUUAUGAAUGCCGGCAGCAUGCCGAGCACAAGAAUCAGUUCCAUGCGACGAAGGUAGUCAACAUCCUCGUCAACAAGAAGACCCCGGUGGCUACCAGCGGCGAGUCCACCUACUUCCAGGCGGUAUGCAAGGUGUGUCGGAAUCCGGUUGGUGUGUGUAACCAAAAUGGCGAGUUCGACUUGUUCGACCUGCUCACGGGCUUUUGAAUGUGACAUACAUGCCCCAUGACAUGCACACGUCCCUAGUACAAGGGGAACCAGGGGCAGGCCAAGCAGCGUGCCGUGUCCUCGGCCGAUGAGCCAGGGCACAGGCACCACCAUACAAAUAUAGACUUCUUUUCCC